UGCUUCUUUCCGAAGAGAGAGUUAGUUAGCAUUUCAAACCGAGACAGUUGGCUGAGGUCCAUCUCAGACAACAAACCUAACCAAACGAAACUGCAAUAAUUAAGAAAAAAAAAUAUGCAGAACAACGACAACAACAAAGAAGAAGCUGAACGUCUGAUAGGAAUCGCAGAGAAGCUUCUACAGAACCGCGACCUCAACGGCGCCAAAGACUUCGCCAUCCUCGCCCAAGAAACCGAGCCCCUUCUAGAAACUUCCGACCAGAUCCUUGCCAUCGCCGACGUCCUCCUCGUCUCCGACGCCACCACCACCGAUAACACCCCGCAAUGGUACCAAAUACUCCAAGUCGACGUGUUACACUCUCAAGACCUCCACGUCAUCAGGUCCAACUACCGCAGGCUCGCCCUCCUCCUCCACCCUGACAAGAACCGCUUCCCCUUCGCCCAGCAUGCAUUCGCCCUCGUUUCCGACGCCUGGUCCGUCUUAUCCGACCCGGCCCAAAAACUCGCCUACGAUGCGGGUCU